CCUAGGUAUGCUAUUCAUUGCCGGCUCAGCCUAUUGUGCCUGUAGUGAUUAAUUCUCCCCCACUGUCAACCAUUUAAUUAUUUUCCAGCCAACGGCCCCGUCGCAAAAUUUAUCUGUACCAGAGUUUCACCUUUUGACUGUGAUUCAUUUUUCAAGCAAAAUAAAUUCACUGACAACUAAAUUUUCCUACUUGCUAUGUCGCGGUGACACUGUCCUGCCAUUUUAAUCUUUUAUUUCAGGUCGGCAUUUCCUGCUGGACCAUCAUGUUCUGCUAUUUCUACCCUCAUCGGUAGCACAUCUUGUUCGCCAUUAACCAAAAAUGGCACCUCCAAAGGCUUCCGCUUCUCCUGCUCCAGGGCCUCUGGGCAGAGGUCCUAGAAAUCGUGUCGCCGAUUCGCUUUACGACUGGUGUCGCAAAAACCGUGAUCUCGGACAUGUCUUCUCGCAGGAAGAACUCUUGGACACCAACAUCAUUCCAAACCGAGACAUCACGGUUCUCCUCUCCUCCGUCCAACAUCUUGUCGCCAAUCACCUCUUCAAAUUGCAUGAUAGGACAGGUGGGACCAUAGGCUGGGAGUUGGUCGAUCAAGAGAAGGCCAAAAAUUACCAAAACCUCUCACGCGAUGAACGCAUGGUACUGCUCGUUAUCGAUGGCGCCGGCUCCUCUGGAAUAUGGACAAAAACGAUCAAAUACAAGUCCCAGCUCCAUGCGAGAAUCCUCGAACGGGUUUACAAACAGUUGGAGGCAAAAGGUCUGAUCAAGCCCAUGAAACAUGUCAAGAAUCCGGGGCGAAAGAUGUACAUCCUUGCUGGGCUAGAACCUUCGCAAGAUGCGACGGGCGGUGCUUGGUUCUCCGACGGCCAACUUGACACAGGUCUAUUGACCGUCAUGUCUGCGGUCGUCGAGCAACAUGUGGCCGCAGAAAGUUGGCAGACAGUCGAGCCCGAUGAAGCAGACACUGAACCGACCUCUCCAGGUCAGAAACGUAAGGUACCCACUGCCGGGUUCGAAGAUGUCGGCGACGAGAGAGCAAAAGCCGCUAAGACAGACGAUGUACACAAGGUCAAGGGUACCAGGCAGAACACCCAAAAGUAUGAGCCCUUCGAAGUCGGGUACACGGGCUAUCCCACAGCGCGAAGUGUCACCAAUCACCUUCUGGUCAAGAAAUACACGACAACGGUACUACCUCAGAAUGCCAUUUCUCAACUCCUCGAAGUCAUGGUCUAUGAUGGCCUUUUGGUCAAGCUGUACCGCAGUGCGAACGAUGAUGAAUUCCCUGACGACUAUAACAAUAACAUGGUCACCAUGUAUCGAUCUUUCAAAACACCUGCAGAUCUGCAGGCGCAACACAAGCUGACUAAAGACAAGACUAGCAGCCAUGAAAGAGCCCGCAAGGCUGCUUACCGAAAAGCAGAGUUGGAAGAGAUUGGUCAGGGCGGAUCUAGCGAAGUUCCGUGCCUGCGUUGCCCUGUUUUUGAUAUCUGCGGAGACGGCGGGCCGGUCAAUGUUGCGACCUGCAAGUAUUUCGAUGAUUGGUACAGCCAGAUAGAGGAAGCAGAUCGAGAAGUUGGCGGUGGAAGAUCUGCUUCUCGAGACAAAGACAAGGGGAAGGACUCGGCGAGGCAGAAAGAAAAGAGUUGCGGCCGGGACCCUGUCAAAGUCGAGAUUGAAUUGGAUUCUUUGCAGCAAGACGGAGAUGAAAUAACCUGACGACUACUUGUCAAGGCGGAAGCAGCUGUUUGUGCAACUUUCUUAUCAAGCAUGGCGACGGCGUUACAUUGUCAUUUUGUCCUAUCCGCCCCUGACCAAGGGUGCGGUGUCCACAAUCUCUCAAUGGUGGAAGAGAUGAUAUGGGCUGUAUUCAUGAAAAGGCAAGGCAUGCCUUCAUGGUAUGAAGGUUCUCAAGGAAAGAGGAGCGAGACAUUUCUCUGCAUUGGAGUGCAGACGACUCUGUUCACCAUGUAUUUAGCUAGCUAGGCCUGAUUUACAGGUUCAUCAGCAAAAGACCAGAACAAACAAAUGAGAAGAAUCUUACAUUCG